UAUAUUUAUACGAACGACAGUUUGUCAAGAAAUAAAAAAAUCAAAGGUCGAUGGUUGCCGUCUCAAAUUUUUUCCAUUCUCUCCAACAUCACUAGAUGCAUAAUUUAAUUCAGAAAGAGAAUCAUAUUUAAACAACGUAACACCAAGUUCAUCUCUGGUUUCAAUUCAACAGAAGUUCAUCUUCUCUCUCUCUCUAAACAACGUGACAUGAGAGACUUAGCAUCUUGCCUGAGCGAGCACGCGGUGCAGGUCUCGGACACGUCGUGCUCAAGCUACACAAACAUCGCUCCCUGCAUUGCUUCAGCCUCGACCCCUUCGAUCCAAAUCAGCGUCAAGUGUUUAUACAGAAGCAUUCUCUCCAACGAGAAGCAGAUGAUGACGACGGUGACGUGGAGCCGGAGCGCCUCCGCCCACGGCCUCACCCUCAGCUUCCACGACGAUCCCUCCGCCGCCUUCAAAAUCUCCACCAGCUCCCGCCUGUUCAGAAAAUCCAAAGGCCGCAAAUCGCUGCAGCUCCGCUCCUCCUCAUCCAAAAUCGACCUCUUCUGGGACCUCUCCACGGCCCGCUACGAGCCCGGCCCGGAGCCCGUCGACGGCUUCUACGUGGCCGUCGUCGUCGACUCCGAGCUCGGCCUCGUCCUCGGCGACAAGGAUCACGAGCUCGCGGGCAAGAAGGCGGGGAAAUUCGCGCUGGUCUCGCGGCAGGAGCAUUUCUCCGGCAGCACGGUGUGCGCGACCAAGGCGCGGUUCUGCGACGGCGGCGGCGCGCACGACAUCUCGAUCCGGUGCGGCGGCGAGAGCCAGGCGAGGCACCCGAUUCUGUCGGUGUGCAUCGACAAGAAGCCGGUGAUCAGGGUGAAGAAGCUGCAGUGGAAUUUCAGGGGGAAUCAGACGAUAUUCUUGGACGGAUUGCUGGUGGAUUUGCUGUGGGAUGUUCACGACUGGUUCCACAAUCCCGACGCCGGCUACGCGGUGUUCAUGUUCAAGACGAGGAGCGGAUUGGAGAGCAGAUUGUGGCUGCACGACGACAAGAUCAUGCGGCGUGAUGAUGAUCGCCUUGAUUUCUCCUUCAUGAUUUGUGCUUGUAAGAAUGUCUGAUUUUUUUCUACUUUUUUUUGUGAGGUUUAAUUAAUUCAAUUCAAAUUCCAAAUUAUGAGUCUUGUUACACAUUACACUCAAUCUACUUUCAAUAAUGUCUCAA